AACCAGGACACGAGAGGCAGAGGGGGAGAGGCUCAAGCGUGGGUUUUCUCCUUGAACCUAGAAGAUUAUGGGUCAAGAGCUGUGUGCGAAGACUCUCCAGCCUGGAUGCAGCUGCCGUCGCUGUGGGGAGGGAGGCAAUGCACACAGCUGUCAGAGGAGUGUGCCCGUGACGACCGAGGCUGCGAUUGAGCUAACAGAUCUAAAGGAAGCAUCAUGUUCCAUGACUUCAUUUCACCCCAGGGGACUUCAGACUGUCCGUGCCCAGAAGUUCAAGAGUAAAAGGCCACGGAGUAACAGUGAUUCUUUUCAGGAAAAGGAUCUGAGACAGGGUUUUCAGUGGAGGAAGAGCGUCCCUUUUGGGGCAGCCUCGUCUUACUUGAGCUUGGAGAAGCUGGGUGAAGGUUCUUAUGCUACAGUUUACAAGGGGAUUAGCAGAAUAAAUGGACAGCUAGUGGCUUUGAAAGUCAUCAGCAUGAAUGCAGAGGAAGGAGUCCCAUUUACAGCUAUCCGGGAAGCUUCUCUGCUGAAGGGUUUGAAACAUGCCAAUAUUGUGCUCCUGCAUGACAUAAUCCACACCAAAGAGACACUGACGUUCGUUUUUGAAUACAUGCACACAGACCUGGCCCAGUAUAUGUCUCAGCACCCGGGAGGCCUUCAUCCUCACAAUGUCAGGCUUUUCAUGUUUCAACUUCUGCGGGGCCUGGCGCACAUCCACCACCAACACAUUCUUCACAGGGACCUGAAACCUCAGAACUUACUCAUCAGUCACCUGGGAGAGCUCAAACUGGCUGAUUUUGGUCUUGCUCGGGCCAAGUCCAUUCCCAGCCAGACAUACUCUUCAGAAGUUGUGACCCUCUGGUACCGCCCUCCUGAUGCCUUGCUGGGAGCCACUGAAUAUUCCUCUGAACUGGACAUAUGGGGUGCAGGCUGCAUCUUUAUUGAAAUGUUCCAGGGUCAACCUUUGUUUCCUGGGGUUUCCAACAUCAUUGAACAGCUGGAGAAGAUCUGGGAGGUGUUGGGAGUCCCUACGGAGGAUACUUGGCCUGGAGUUUCCAAGCUACCUAACUACAAUCCAGAGUGGUUCCCACCGCCUAAGCCUCAGAGCCUUCAGAAUGUGUGGAACAGGUUGGGCAGGGUUCCUGAAGCCGAAGACCUGGCCUCACAGAUGCUGAAAAGCUUCCCGAGGGACCGCGUCUCGGCGCAGGAAGCGCUGGCUGACGGUUAUUUCAGCGCCCUGCCGGCUCAGCUGCGCCAGCUUGCUGACGAGGAGUCUUUGUUUACGGUCUCAGGAGUGAGGCUAAAGCCAGAAAUGUGUGACCUUUUGCCCUCCUACCGGAAAGGUCGUCACCCAGGCCGGCUUAGGAAAGGCUGGUGAAAAGAAAGGCGACGUCACCAAGAUCCUUCCAGGGCUACAUUACUGCUAUUUCAGUUUUAAUAUGCUUGAGUUUACUAAGAAGCUUCAAAUCUAACUCCACACUGGACCAGGGGUUUUAUACCAUCACCUGUGACCUGAAAUCUUUUAAAUAUGAGAUCCAAGGCAAUGGUCAUAAUACUUGAAGAAAAAGCAAUAGAAGGUUAUUGCUAUUGUCAUUUGCCUAAAAUUUAAAGGUGAUUGGCUCAAAAAUUAGACAUAGACUGAAAUAGUCUGAGAAGAGAACUUCUGAAUAACUUCAUCCAUUUUGUGAUUUGAUAGAGAGACUUCUGGGCUGGAAGGACCACAGGAUGGAUGGAGACUGACAACUGAAAGAAUUGGGAGCCAGAGCUGGUGCUUAGAGAGGCCUGUCCCUCCUGUGUUCACUCACAAUUUCUCCCAACAAAAGGACUUCUGUGGCAAGGAGAGGAUUAGUCUAAAGUUUAGAAAAAGUCUCCAGGAAAGAUGGUUUCUUGGGUAAAGUUGUCGACAGAAAGACUUGCUUAAGACUCUUUGUUAUGAUUUCCUAGGGGGCGCUUCCUCCUUCCCUAACUGGAUUAUAAACACAUUACCACCCCACCCCAGCCAGAUUUGAGGAGUUUGGAUUGAGCUGCUGGUUAGAAUUAAAUUUCGAGCUAUCUCCUCUUUCUACUGAAUCCUAAUUGUCUGUGAUGAUAGCAGAAGUGAUGAGGAAUCUAAGCUCUGAUUUGAUGGUAGAGAUACUGAAUAAAUAGAUAGGAGCAAAGAAUUGCAAAGACGUAAUUCAAGCCCUGUUGCACCAUCAGACACACGUGCAUGUGUGCACUCACAUAACCAUCAAAUAAAAUGAGAGAUCUGUCUCGGCUAGCUUAGGUAUCACUUUUUACAAUGACUCAUUCUGAAAGAAGCCAGGGAAAUUCAAAUUACUUUGUCUAGGGAUCGUCUACUCAGAAAAUGUAGUAGCCUAGAAACCAGAGACCUCUAUAUAUCCUUUAGAAAAACAAAGAGGAACUAAUUAAGAGAGAAUUAAACAGUAGUACCUAUCCACCCAAAGUCUGAGAUGGAAGAAGGAAAAAUGCAUACAAACAGUCCAAAGAAAUCUACCUUAGUGAGUAUUUGAUGUUAGAAAGGCAUUUGACAAAGCCUGUCCAGAUAUACCUGAAAGAUGAAACCAUGUGGGCUGGUUGAUGGGGCAGAUGUCUGUGCUCAAAGAAUGGUGGUCAUGCAGCCUAGAGACAGGCCGAUAGUGGUGUGGUACAAGGUUUGGUCUUGAGUCCCAUUCUGGUCAAAUAUUUUUAUUAAUCACUUGAACAAAAUCAGAGAAGGUGCAUGAUUUAUUUAUACAACUCGUUGAAGUAAGUACUGUUAUCAUUAAUUUAUUAUUUCCAUUUUACAAAAGAGGAAACUGAGGCUCAGAGAAGUUAAAUAACUCCUCCAUGGUAGUACACCAGAGUUAGGGUACAAAUCUCAGAUCUGGCUGUCUCCAAUAUCUGUGAUCUUUCUAGUAAUCACAUACCUAUCAAAUCUGCAGAAUACUCAACUCUUGAAGAGGCAGCUGAUAUUUAGCAUUAGACUAUGAUUCAAAAGACUGAGACCUUGCUAAAAGCUAAUGUGUACCACUACACAUCUAUUAGAAUGGCCAAAUUCUGGAACACUGACAACUCGAAAUGCUGAUGAGGAUGUGGAGCAACAGGAACUCUCACUGGUUGUUGCUGAGAAUGCAAAAUGGUAGAGCCACUUUGGAAGAGUUUGGUGGUUUCUUACAAAACUAAACAUGCUCUUACCAUAGAUCCAGCAACCGUGCUCCUGGAUAUUUACCCAAAGGAGCUGAAAACUUAUGUCCACACAAAAACCUGCACACAGAUGUUUAUAGCAGCUUUAUUCAUAAUUGCCAAAACUGGGUAACAACCAAGAUGUCCUUCAGUAGGUGAAUGGAUAAAUAAACUGUACUACAUCUAGACAAUGAAGUAUUAUUCAAUGCUAAAAAGAAAUGAGCUUUUCAAGUCAUGAAAAGACAUGGAGGAAACUUAAAUGCUUAUUACUACGUGAAAGAAGCCAAUCUGAAAAGGCUACAGAUUGUAUGAUUCCAACUAUAUAACAUUCUGGAAGAGGCAAAACUAUAGAGACAGUAAAAAGAUCAGUGGUGG